AUGGGAGAACAACAGGAUCCGUUUUCCACUUUGAAUCUUCCGGAUUUCGUAUCUUCCCAAAAGAUUGGUAGACCAGUAAAUGAAGGACAGGGUAACCGCGGGCAUCCUUUUUCUGGACUUAAGAAGAGAGGUCAAUCUAGUCGUUCGUGGGUGAAAAUUGACGAAAAUGGGAACUCGACGGUUUUGGAGCUCGACAAAGCAAGUAUAAUGAAGCGUUGUUCGUUACCAUCCAGGGAUUUGAGACUUCUUGAUCCUUUGUUUAUUUACCCUUCGAGUAUUUUGGGACGUGAGAGAGCGAUAGUGGUCAGCCUUGAGAAGAUCAGAUGUAUAAUCACAGCCGAAGAGGUUAUUCUCAUGAAUGGUCGGGAUGCGUCUGUUGUUCAGUAUCAGUCUGAAUUGUGUAAACGCCUCCAAUCAAAACAAAACCUAAAUCUCAUUGAUGAUUUGCCAUUUGAAUUCAAAGCGUUGGAGCUGGUUCUGGAAUUAUCUUGCUUGUCUUUAGAUGCACAGGUGAAUGAGCUUGAGAUGGAGGUGUAUCCUGUUCUUGAUGAGUUAGCCUCAAACAUUAGCACUCUUAAUCUAGAACACGUUCGUAGGUUAAAAGGCCGUCUGCUAACCUUAACGCAGAAAGUUCAGAAGGUUUGUGAUGAAAUAGAACAUUUAAUGGAUGAUGAUGAUGACAUGGCUGAGAUGUACUUGACUGAGAAAAAAGAAAGAGCUGAGGCUCAUGCUUCUCCAGGGAAUCUAGAAGAUAUCCUCGAUGACGAGUUUGGAUCUUCUGGAAUAGUUUCGAAAUCUGCUCCGGUUUCACCUGUUGGUUCAACAAGUGGAACUUUUGGGAAGCUUCAAAGAGCCUUUAGCAGCGUCGUUGGCUCACACAAAAGCUUGUUAAGCUCCUCUAGCAGCGGAGAGAACAUCGAUCAACUAGAGAUGUUACUAGAAGCCUACUUUAUCGUUGUCGAUAACACUCUCAGCAAAUUAUCAUCGCUGAAGGAGUAUAUAGAUGAUACAGAGGAUCUAAUCAACAUUAAGCUGGGGAAUGUACAGAAUCAGUUGAUUCAGUUUCAACUGCUUCUCACCGCGGCAACCUUCGUGGCAGCCAUAUUUGCAGCUGUAACCGCAGUUUUCGGGAUGAAUCUGCAAGACUCGGUUUUCAAGAAUCCGGCAAUGUUCCAAUGGGUUUUGCUUGUAGCAGGUAUCGGAUGCGGGUUUUUGUAUUUUGGUUUUGUGUUAUACUUCAAACACAAGAAAGUAUUCCCUCUCUGA